GGCUACUAUUUAAGCCCACAAUGCAGUGGCAAAAGAACACAGCAGAAGAAUUCAAGAAAGCAAGACACAUCUCUUAUAUAACAUCCAGCAGAACUCGGUUUCCUGUUUGGAACACAGAUUUCCUCAGAACAUAAUCGAGGUAAUAUCAGAGCCACAGAAGUUACUGUCUAUCUGACAGAUUCCAACAAACCCAUUAAGCCAGGAAGAAGAGAGGAUCCUUAGCUGAAGCUCUUGAAGAAGUAAUAAAACCAGAGUCAAGGGGGAUUUGUUCCUUGACUUUGUACAAAGUUUGAACUGUGUACAAAACCAGCCUUCUGAAUCUGAUGGAAAUGGUAAAACCACUCUAGAGAAAGGGGGGAGAGACUCUGAUGUCACUUCAGAUUAUAUAGCUAAGGACCAUUUAGAGAAAACUAAAAGAAAGAUUGAAAAGAGAUUUGGCAUUGAAAAAAAAUCACAGUAGUUGUUGGCCAGCUGACGAUAUCAAACAAGCAACACAAGGAAUAGAUUAAUAUUCAAACAGAAGACGGUGCGGUGUGUAAUGAUGAAAAGAAAUUACAGAAAUUUAGUCCAGAGAUAUAAAGGGUUGAGUUUGAACCAAUACAUCUUGAUCCCUUUCUUUGAAAUGUCUGGUAAAAUAUCAGUCUCUAAAGAAGCUGAUCCAAAUUCAAUUGUCAGGUCACCCAAUAAAUUAGUCAACGGAUGUCCUUCAGAUUCUGACUUAAGGAUAAGAAAAUCUUAUGUCAUGUCAUACAACAAUGAAACCAAGAACGCUGAAUGGGUGUAUGAGAUACUGAACAAAGACACUCUGAAGGUCAAUUGUAAGGCGCACGGGAGCUUUGGAAGGAAUGAAUUUGUGGACAAAGACUAUGAACAAGGUCAUCUUGCUGCGGCUGCCAAUCACAGGUGGUGUCAGGAAGCCUAUCAUGACACUUUUUUGAUCAGCAACAUGGCACCACAGAAUAAAGGCUUAAACAAAGGUAAUUGGAAAACUAUUGAGAGUUACUGUCGAUACAGAGCUAUGAAUGAUGAAGUCUGUAAUGUCCAUGUGUACUCUGGACCACUUUACCUAAAAGAAAAAAAAAAUAAAGAGGGUACUGAGGUGGAGGAUUUCUAUGAUCGUGCUGACCCCAGUACACUGGAGCGGAAGGGAGGGAAAGUAGCACCAACUCACUUGUUUAAGGUGAUAAUUGUGGAGAAUGAGGAUGGGACAGUAGAAGAGCUGGAAUGCUAUGUGAUGGCCAAACUGGAUAAAGAGGAUACAGAUAUUCAAAAUUUAGACAACAUAGAUGCUGUACAAAACAAGUAUGCUCAGCAUAUUAACACAAUAGAGAAACUCUCUGGGCUGAAAUUCAUAGAAAGCCAUCCCGAUGUGGUAACGAAGGACUGUAUAAAGACGAUUACAGGAGAAGGUGAAAAAGGAGAGUCAUGUAGUGCUAAAAUAAAAGUCAGAAUAAGUGAAAAAAAUGAUGAUACCAGGACCGGCCGUGUCUAAUAUCCUUGUUAACUUCGCUGUUAUAAUUAAUGCUUUAUGGUGAUGUAUCAUAACCGUGUCAUGAUGUAAGCAGUGUUUAAAUUAAUCUGACAGAACAUGUUGUCAACUACUACAUUGUCAACUUUGUUAUUUGAAACUAAAGUACUAAAUGGAUGUUUUGUUUGUUAAAAUGAUACGGUUUGCAAAAUGCAAGUGAGCAGAAAUCAGUGUUAAACAAAACUCAACAGAUCAACAUGUCUUUAUUUGGAUUCAUUGCUCAACACUUGUCGACAAGCUUGUUGAUACUCUCCAAAGCACAAAUCUGGUCCUGUCUCUAAUGUGGCGCCCCCUGUCAUUUUCACCCUUGGGUGAAACCACCUGUAGCAGAUGGUGCAUGAACAAAUAUCUGAUGUGCUCAGUAAAUUACUCUAUUACCCCGAUGACGCUGGAACAGUUGUGUUUGAUCUUCACUUACGAGGGAGUUUGGAUGAAUGGACCAUCUGAAGAUCAAAAGAGGGAAAUUUGACUAAGCUUGCAGUUGAAUCACUUCUCCUUAAUAAUCCCAUAUACUGUAUGUAAUUAUAUAUAGAUGCACAGCAUUCAAAAAAUGCUUUCUCAUGCUUUCAGAAAUGUGUCUUAUAAUCUUAAAUACCUCUUAAUCUGAGAGCUUAUGCUUAAAUGAUUGAAAUUAAUUUAGUCUAUAAACAUUAUAUUUAUGUGUUUCCUCACAGAACAAAUGUUGUAUGUGUUCUGAACACUUGCUGCCUAUAUCUGUGCUAUUCGGCUCAAUUCAUCUCUUUACAUUUAUGGCCCGCAAUGCAUUAAGUCAGUUAAUUGCUAUUAAUCACAUCCAAAAUAAAAGCUUGUGUUUACAAAAAUAUGAAACUAUAUGAAACUAAUCUGUGCUUUGAUAAGAAGUUAGAUAUUCUUCACUCACAUUUACAUCAUAUCUAAUUCUGUAUACUCUUUAUUAUCACAUGUGCUUGCACUGAUUCUGUAUUGUAAUUGUUUUACAAGUAGCAAGUUGAAACUGGGUCUGUGAAUGUGACACUUUUAAAAGGAAACAUGAAACAUGAAAAUAAGAAUGUCACCUUAUCCUGUACUGGAGAUCAGCUGAAAUAAAACCUGUUUACAACCUG